GAAACUUAAAGGUGUUUACCUUGUCAUCAGCAUGUAAGCUAAUUAUCUCGGGCAAGAUGUAGGCUUCUAUUGUCUUGUUGCUUUAGCGCUUAUGCCCCGCCUCUGGUGGCUGCCUAAAACCUGGCGCCGGGCUAAAACAAACGCGAGGCAGCCCCCGAGCCUCCACUCAAGCCAAUUAAGGCGGACUCGGUCCACUCGGUUACGUGUACAUCCAACAAGAUCGGCGUUAAGGUAACACCAGAAUAUUUGGCAAAGGGAGAAAAAAAAGCAGCGAGGCUUCGCCUUCCCCCUCUCCCUUUUUUUUCCUCCUCUUCCUUCCUCCUCCAGCCGCCGCCGAAUCAUGUCGAUGAGUCCAAAGCACACGACUCCGUUCUCAGUGUCUGACAUCUUGAGUCCCCUGGAGGAAAGCUACAAGAAAGUGGGCAUGGAGGGCGGCGGCCUCGGGGCUCCGCUGGCGGCUUACAGGCAGGGCCAGGCGGCACCACCGGCCACGGCAAUGCAGCAGCACGCCGUGGGGCACCACGGCGCCGUCACCGCCGCCUACCACAUGACGGCGGCGGGGGUGCCCCAGCUCUCGCACUCCGCCGUGGGGGGCUACUGCAACGGCAACCUGGGCAACAUGAGUGAGCUGCCGCCGUACCAGGACACCAUGCGGAACAGCGCGUCGGGCCCCGGAUGGUACGGCGCCAACCCAGACCCGCGCUUCCCCGCGAUCUCCCGCUUCAUGGGCCCGACGAGCGGCAUGAACAUGAGCGGCAUGGGCGGCCUGGGCUCUCUGGGGGACGUGAGCAAGAAUAUGGCCCCGCUACCAAGCGCACCGCGCCGGAAGCGCCGGGUGCUCUUCUCCCAGGCGCAGGUGUAUGAGCUGGAGCGACGCUUCAAGCAGCAAAAGUACCUGUCCGCGCCCGAGCGCGAGCACCUGGCCAGCAUGAUCCACCUGACACCCACGCAGGUCAAGAUCUGGUUCCAGAAUCACCGCUACAAAAUGAAGCGCCAAGCCAAGGACAAGGCAGCACAGCAGCAACUGCAGCAGGAUAGCGGCGGCGGCGGCGGGGGCGCCGGGUGCCAGCAGCAGCAGCAAGCUCAGCAGCAGUCACCACGCCGCGUGGCUGUGCCAGUCCUGGUGAAAGACGGCAAACCCUGCCAGGCGGGCGCCCCGGCUCCGGGCGCCGCAAGCCUGCAAGGCCACGCUCAACAGCAGGCGCAGCAACAGGCGCAAGCUGCUCAGGCGGCGGCGGCAGCUAUCUCAGUGGGCAGCGGUGGCCCCGGCCUGGGUGCGCACCCCGGCCACCAGCCCAGCAGCGCGGGCCAGUCUCCGGACCUGGCGCACCACGCCGCCAGCCCCGCGGCGCUGCAGGGCCAGGUCUCCAGCCUGUCCCACCUGAACUCCUCGGGCUCGGACUAUGGCACCAUGUCCUGCUCCACCUUGCUAUAUGGUCGGACCUGGUGAGAGGAAUCCGGGCCGGGCCUAGCCCAGCGCUCUGCCUCAUCGCUUCCCCUCCUGCCCGCCACGUACCACCAACCACCCGCUACACCCUGCGCUUCGACUUUUCUUAAGAACCUGUCCCCGUUUAGACCAAGGGAAAAAACACAAAGACCAAACUGCUGGACGUCUUUCUUUUCUUUUCUUUUCUAAAAUGUGCGGGAUUUUUUAAAAUUAGAAAAUAAAAGCAACCAGACUAAUCCAAUUCUUUAAAGAGUAUUUAAACGAAGGACAGAACAAGAACCGUUUUGAGGGUGUCCUUUGGGUGAUUCAGAUGGGUUUCCCACGUUCGGGCACAGCACAGUUUGGAGAGGGCUCUACACUGACGUAGCUCUGGACUCUAAAGAUUGAAAACUUCACUCUGGGUACACUGUGCCAGCAAAGUGGACUCGCUUGUAAAUACCGGGAUUUCUUGGAAGGGGCAACGGGGGCUGGGAGAGGAAAAGACUCUCCGACAGAACCCACUUGCCACUGACACAAAGGAAAUGCCCCCUCCCGGCCCUCUCUGGCCACCCAGGCUCAGCUGGGACCCGCCCUGGUUAAAAUUGUUUAAUGUUUGAUGUGAACUUGUAGCUGUAAAUCACUGUCAAAAGUUGGACUAAAUGCCUAGUUUUUAGUAAUCUGUACAUUUUGUUGUAAAAAGCAAAAACAAAAACAAAAAACCAGUCCCCCCUGCCCCAGCCCAUCAUAUUUUUUAUGGGCCUUGACAAAUCUGUGUAUAUUAUUUGGCAGUUUGGUAUUUGCAGCGUCAGUCUUUUUCUGUUGUAACUUAUGUAGAUACCUGGCUUAAAUAUAGUUCCUAAGAAGCUUCUAAUAAAUUAUACAAAUUAAAAAGAUUCUUUUUCUGAUUAAAAA